ACACACACGCACACAGACACGCACACACGCACACAGAGAGAGAGAGAGAGAGAGAGAGAGAGAGAGAGAGAGAGAGAGAGAGAGGGAAUGUUCUGCCGAAAGGCUUCUCGGCUUCUACGAGAGCAUCACAGAGUUGAUGCCGAUCAACUUGUGCCGUACGAUGAAGAUCUGACCAAUCAAGUGGUUGAGGAGACGAGUGAGCAUUUCCGCCAGAUCCUCAACACUCUCACCCGUCUUCAAGGGGAGAACGUGGACUGGAAAGACGCUGGCCCCGAGGACGCCACGGGUGUCCUGAUUCAUCAUCAGAGCUUGCUUCGUAACAAGCGCUGUCUGAUGGCCUACGUGUAUGAUCGGAUGGCUAGGAUCAAGGAGCUGAGGUGGCAGCUCGGGGCCGUGCUCCCGGCCGAAGUUCAACGCCAUCUCUGCCAGUCGGAAAAAACGUUUUUCAAAGAUUAUGACCGUCUCUUAGGCACGUACAUGAGCGCCGUUGAUGUAGAUCUGACGGUGGAUGUGGUCCCCCCCAAAGAUCCCUUCAUCGAAGUGCGAGUCCUAGAAAAUGCCGGGUCGAUGCUUCUUGAAGACAAGAUUGCGCAUUUAGAGCCAAAUUCAGUGCACCUAAUCAAGCGCGAAGAGGCCGAGCCGCUGAUUAUGCAAGGAGUGCUCGAACAUAUCUGGACCAGUUCCCAUACCUCUGCUUCUGCCGUUCAUGUCGGACGGCUGCGAUCAGACACUGAUAGAGAGGAUGACGAAGAGGAGGAAGAUGAGAGCAGCAGGCAUAUGGAUUCCGCUGAAAAGCGGGCAUGCGAAGACAUCUCUUAUGAGGUUGAUGAUGAGGGUGACAUUGUGGUUACUCGCCGCCCAACGCGAGGGACGAUUGCAUCAAACAUAGGCACACGAUCACACCAAAAUGAUGACGUCAUCAUCAUCCACCAUUCAAUGGAGACACCAAUUGCUGGGGUUGGGAUGCAGGUUUGGCGGGGUACAAUCGCUCUGGCAGAUUACAUCCUUCACUGCAUCGACACCUCUCCGAAACAGAAUGCAUUCAGCGAUGCAGUGGUUAUCGAACUGGGUGGAGGAACAGGUUUGGCUGGGAUAAUUGCAGCUAGAGCUGCACGUUGUGUUUUCAUCACAGACAGGGGUGAAGAUGUGUUGGACAACUGUCUCCGGAACAUCUUGCAUAAUAAUUGCAGCUUCAAUGCGGAAGAGCAAAAGGGCGUGAAGGUGCGGGAGCUUGACUGGUUGAAGUCAUGGCCACCUCCGACGCUCAGGGACAAUUGCACUGGAGAAGGCAGCGAAGGAGACAGCGCUUUGGUACAGAAGGCUGGCAUUGGCAUAUCCAGUGUUGUUCUCCUUAGCACUGACAUACAUAGUUUCGGCUGGAGUGCAGCGGAGAUCCAAGAGGCAGAUGAGGCAUCCAUCCUGUUAGCUGCUGAUGUUGUCUACGAUGACCAGAUCACAGAUGCAUUCUUCAGUCUGCUCAGAAAACUCAUGCCUAGCGGCUCCUCCAAGGUGCUCUAUCUUGCAAUCGAGAAGCGGUUUAACUUCACCAUCGCUGACUGCGAAACUGUUGCACAUGGCUAUCGGCAUUUCCGGAGGCAAUUUACAGCAUGUGAAGGGAUGGUGGUGGAAGAAGAGUGUGACUCUGUACUGCAAAUGGGAGAAGCUGCUCCAGGGGCUGCGGGCACUUGUGUUCCCUGUUCAGAAACGCGGCUGGCUGUAGACCAAGGGGGAUUGUGCGGCAAGCAAAUUCCGCUCGCUCAUAUACCGCAGUAUCUGCAAGGCUUCGACCAUGGAGCAGAGCUAGAGCUGUGGGAAAUCACGGCGAGGUCAUCGUCAUUCAUGUCAGGACGGUGAGUAGUUUCUUCCUUCACACCAACUGUGGCAAUUGCAGCCAUCUGGACCAGGUGCAUCGCAUGGGCAGCGUGACUGCACAGAUCAUAACAUACGUUCUGCAUACCGAGAAAAGGCAUGUGCAGUCAAUGCUGCUUUCCUCACUGAAAAAAAAAAAAAAAAAAGAAGAAAAAAAAAAAGUGCAAAAGAGGAGGUGUGAGAGCAUCAGACUUCCAACCGUCUAUAUUGCGACGUGUGGUCGAUGGAUUAGUCGUAUUUAGUAGCCCAACUAUAUAGUGAUGGAAAAGGCGCUUUAGUCGUAUUUAGUACCCCAACUAUAUAGUGAUGGAAAAGGCGCGUUAGGCACUGUAGAGCGAAGGCGUGUGGGACCGAAAAAGUACGUACGAGUUCCACAAUCAAUUCAAUGUCAGAGU